AUGGGCCUGGAUGAGCAGAUCUCCACGGCCAAGGGCCUCAUAGACAGCGAUCCUAAGCAGGCAGAGCAGGAGCUCAGGAAGCUCGUCUUUGAUGUGCCGGGGACGGACGUAGAGACCACCAGGGUCAAAGAGCAGGCGAUAGGGGCUCUGGCAGAGGCGUAUGUGAAGCUGCAGGACGCCCAGAGCCUGGCUGAUCUGCUGUCGCAACUGAGGGAGUUUUUCGGAGCAAUCCCUAAGGCCAAGACAGCCAAGAUCGUGCGAGGAAUCAUCGAUCAGAUAGCCAAGAUCCCCAACUCGACGCAGCUGCAGGUGGUGGUGUGCAAGGAGCAGGUGGAAUGGGCGCGCACGGAGAAGCGCACGUUCCUGCGGCAGCGGAUUGAGCUGCGGCUGGCGGCGCUGUACCUGGAGCUGCAGGACUACCCCACGGCGCUGGGCAUUCUGGGCACCCUGAAUAGCGAGGUGAAGAAGCUGGAUGACAAACUGCUGCUGGUCGACAUCCACCUGCUGGAGAGCAAGGUGCACCACGCCGUGCGCAACCUCCCCAAGUCGCGGGCGGCGCUGACCGCGGCGCGGACAGCAGCCAACGCCAUCUACGUGCCAGUAGCGCUGCAGGCAGAGAUUGACACACAGAGCGGGGUGCUGCACGCAGAGGAGCGGGACUACAAGACGGGAUACUCAUACUUCUUUGAGGCUUUCGAGCAGUUCAGCGCCCUGGGGGAUGACAAGGCCAUGUCGGCGCUCAAGUACAUGCUGCUCUGCAAAAUCAUGCUGAAUGAGUCAGGCGACGUCCCCGCGCUCAUCAGCGCCAAGGCGGGCCUCAAGUACACCGGCCGCCCCGUGGACGCGAUGCGCGCCGUCGCGCAGGCGUACCAGGAGCGCUCGCUGCAGGCCUUCCAGCCCUGUUGA